AUGCCUAAGGUCUGUUAUUCCGCUCAACCAUGUGGCAUUUGUGGCAAAAUCGUGCCCUACUCUCUCCUUAUCAAGCAUGUUUUAAAACACAAAAUGAAAUUUACAUGUGGUGUUUGUGGCAAAAUGUUUCCCAGCUACCAACUAUACAGUCAUCUUGCUACACAUCAAGCACCUAGAAAAAAGAAACCUUAUAGAUGUGAUGUUUGUUGUAAAAAAUUUGCUUCAAAGACUGGUUUGACCAUACAUAUCCGUAUACAUUAUGAUGAAAAACCUUUGGCAUGUGAUGUUUGUAGUAAGUCAUUUUCUUCCAGUAGUAAUUUAACGAGACAUAUGAGGAUACACGCUAAGAUUGAUCUUCCCUUUAAAUGUGAUGUUUGUAGUAAAGGAUAUUACACCAAUAGUGAAUUAAUAAGUCAUGUGAGGACACAUACUGGAGAGAAACCUUUUCACUGUGAUUUGUGUAGUAAAUCUUUUAGUAGAAAACAACAGUUAAAUUCUCAUAUCCAAACACAUACUGGCAUAAAACCAUAUCAAUGUGAUAUUUGCUUUAAAUCAUUUUGUAGAAGGCAGCAGUUGACUAAGCAUGUUAUGAACCAUUCUGGAGAGAAACCCUUCAAAUGUGAUGUUUGUAAUAAAGCUUUUGUCUCAAGGCUAAAUUGUUUGAAACAUUCAAAAAUACACACCGGACGUAAACUAUAUCAAUGUGAAUUCUGCAGUAAUUCAUUUGACUCCAAGAUUCAUCUAAAAGAUCACUUAACAUGCCAUGAAGCUGAAAAAAUGCACAAAUGUGAUGUUUGUAAAAAAUCUUUUACUACAAGCCUUGAAUUAUUGAAACACCUGAAAAGUCAUGGCAAAGAGGGAGUCAAUAUUCAUAAAAUGUUACCAAGUAAAAGCCAGUUGUUUCCCCCUUGUGGUGUGUGUGGAAAAAUCUUUCCUAAAACUGAACUUGCUGCACACGUAGAAACACAUUUCAGAUUGAAACUUUUCAAUUGUGAAAUUUGUGAGAGCACAUUUGCUGGUCACAAGGCUUUAUAUCAGCAUUUAAAAACACAUACUGGAGAGAAACCUUUCAAAUGUAGAUAUUGUAGUACUUCGUGUAAAACCAUGCGUUACUUAAAAACCCAUUUACUGCGUCAUGCAGUAGACAAACCUUAUAAAUGUGAUGUUUGUGAUAGAUCUUUUGUUAAAAACAGUGAACUGAAAAGACACUUGAGAUCUCAUACUGGAGAAAAACCUUUUAAAUGUAAUGAAUGUAAUAAAUCAUUUACAACAUUACAUUAUCUAAACUGUCAUAUUGCAACACAUUCAUCAGGACAGAGAUCAAAUAGACCCUUAUAUUGUGAUAUUUGUAAUGAAACGUUUGUUAAAGAGAAAGAUUUUGAAAGACAUUGCAGAACACAUUCACUGACUCUUGCUGUCAAUCAUUUAUUACAAGCUGGUUUUAAUAAGAUACAUCAGGAGAAAUAG